AGCUUAGUACUUUGGGGUUUGGUUAUAAUCUGGACCGAACCUAAAUCUGAACUAUAAUCCAAGGAUAUCUGAAAUUAGUAUAAUAUGUUAAUGUUUUAUAUAUGUUAAGGUAAUUUAGAUUUUUAUAGUAUUCGAAAGAUUUUUGUAGUUUAUUUUAUUUGUUAUUUUUAAUAUAUUUUAGUUAGAUUAGAUAGUUUUGAUUUAUUAUAAAUUUGAUUUAUGAAUAAUUUAAAUAUUUUGAAUUCUUUCUGUCGAUUUUUGAGUUAAAAAAAUAUAUUUUGGGACGAUUUCAGUUAUCUUUUACAAUUUGAUCCGAACCGAAUCCAGAAGGAAUCAAACCAAAGCCGACCCGAUAAUUAGUAAAAUCCGAAUGAGACUUAUGAGCAUAAUAUCAAAAUCCAAAAAUCUGAAUCAAUCGAACCGAUACCAACGGAACCCCCGAACAUCCAUGCCUAUGAUACAUUUUAGAGACCAACAUUUGUAUUCGUCAUUUUACAAUCGAUAAAGAUUGUAGUGUUGCAAAAUGUUAAAACCGUUUAUUGAACAAACAUUAGUAUAAAAAAUUCAUUCCGCGCAUUCGCACGGGUUAUCAUCUAGUCAUAUCAUAUUCAGCAUUCUAUUAUACUAGAAAAAUAAUAGAUGCAGCAGGGAUAGAACACAAAAGUUCGUGAGGCUGCGAAUGAUGAGGGAUGUCAUAUUGGUAGCCACCGUCAUCACAUAUUUCAUGAACUUAUUGAUCCUAGGUGACGAUGAGGUACAAUGGUUACAUAUGGGAUGAUUAUCGAAAAGAGUUAUUGGCCUCAAGAACAUGGGACUAAAUAUGAGUGAGAAAGGAGGAUGUGAGCUGGAUUAUUGUCAUCUUGUUUAGUUAGGGAGUACCUCGGUUUUCCUUUAUCUCUUGGCUUGCUGUUAAGAACUAGUUACCUACAAAGGAAAGAAGGAGAUGUUUGAGGUGGUCAACAACACUGUACAAUGUGUGGGAAAAAAGAUGAGACGACGGAUCCUAUCAUUUUGAAUAUUCUCUUCGUUUAAUGUCAUCUUGUUUACUCAAGGAGUACCUCGGUUUUCCUUUAUCUCUUGGCUUGCUGUUAAGAACUAGUUAUCUACAAAGGAAAGAAGGAGAUGUUUGAGGUGGUCAACAACACUGUACAAUGUGUGGGAAAAAGGAUGAGAUGAGGGUCAUAUCUUUUUGAAUAUUCACGGUAUGACUGGGAGUUACUUCAAAUUACUGGGUGUGACUGUUAAUCCGGACUGGACUGACACUCUAAAUGCGCUUCAACAUAUGUAAGACUCACUCAGGUCGACUCAAUCUUGGCUCUGAUGGUUUUUCAGAAACCCAUCUACCACCUCUGGUGGGAGCGAAAUGGUCGACAAAGCAAUUCAAAAUCGAAUUGUAUCACUUGAAUACAAAUUUCACACCCAGGGAUGCUUCAGAGAUGGUUUGAGGUCUCUCUAUUCUGAACUUGCCGAGGAUCACAUAUAUAUGUAUUAAUACAGUGUUUUUAGUUUGAUCAAAAAAAAAAAUUUCUUCCUCUUAUUCUUAUAGCAUUCUUUUGUAUACAUAAACUAUUCAAAGUGAUCAAUAGAUUUGAUAUUUUAUCCAAAAAAAUAACUAAAUUUAAUUUGUUUACAAAUUAUUAUCAAUUUUUUUUUCAAAUUAUUAUCUGAUGGUAUUUCCACUAUUAGAAAUCUCGGCUAUAGCUACGAAAUAAUCACAAAAAUUGUGGUUUAUUUAAAUAGUCACUAAAAAGUCACAAAAUAAUACUGGUAAAUUUUUCAAAAUAUAAAAAUAAAAUAAUAUAUUACAUAUAAGUUUGAAUAAUCUAUGCUAAAACCUAAAUUUAACAUUUAAAUUGGUUUGGCAUGAAUAUUUGAUUAGGAAGUCAAUAGAUAUUUCAAAUAUUUUUGGUGUUUUGAGUAUUGUUUAGCUAUUUUAGAUAUUUAAAUUUGGAAAAUUUCAAAAUAUCAUAUAUACUUUGGAUAAUUUUUAAUAUAUUAAAUCUAAAAAUGAUCAAUAUAUUUAAGUAUAUAAAUCUAUUUUGGAUACAUACGGGUACCCAAAAUACUUCAGUUUGGUUCGGUUUCGUUUUCGGUUCUCUAGAUACAAUUUUUUUAACUCAUUCGGAUAUUUAACCAAUUUUGUUUUGGUAUUAAUUUUCAGAUCAGUUUCGAUUGUAUUCUUCAAAUUCGAAGUUUUUUUGUCCAGCCCUAACCAAAAUAGUCAAACUGAAAUCAAAUCCAAAUUCAUAAAUAGCCGAAGAGUUCCAAUAUUUUGGAUUAAAAAAUCAAAAAACCAAAAAUUGAACUAGAACCAAACAAAAAAUAACAAAAUAUAAUUAAAAGCGUGGAUCAAAAUCUAGUAUAUGUUUAAUUUUUAUUUUGAAGUUAUAGCCUUAAAUUUUAAAAUUAAUUACAAUUUUAGUAUUUUAGAAUCAGAUCACGGUCGUUCUACUUGCAGAUGUUUUAAUUGGGCACAUGUGAAAAGAGGCCCUGCCAAAAAGCCAUCUUCCAAGCUAUAGCCUUCUUUAAUAAUAUAAGUAAUAGACAUUAUGUGGAUCUUAAAAUAAUUCUUUGUACAACUAUCUUAAUUGACAAAUAUCUCUAGAUACAAAUUUAUUUUACAAAAAAAAAACAAAUAUCUUUGUUUAUUUUAGAAGUUGUGACCCCAAUCAGUUAAAGUUGGGUGAGAGUCGUGAGAUGAGACAUAUGGAAACAAUCAAUCUUUAUUUCUAAUUAGAUCCACUGAAUCAAUAUGGUAUAUUUUUACGGGAUUGAUUUUCAUAAUUCUCAAAUUAAGUAUCAAAUAAAAAUAUGAAAAUGACCCAAAUACGUCAACCUAAAAUGUCACUAUAGUUAACGUUCUUGACUUGAAAGUUUGACCAUAUACAUGAAGUAACGUUGACACUGCAUUGCGAUACACUACUAUAAACAACAAAAUAUGGAUACACUACUUUUUUUUUGAGCAACCGGAUACACUACUAUAAACAACAACCAAAAAUAUAUAUAUAUAUAUAUAUAUAUAUAUAUAUAACUCUCAUUCAACAACUAUAAACAAUAUCACUGUCUCAUAUACCACAAAAAUGGAUAUUCCAAAACGUUACCCAUCACUAUUCAUAUUGAUUGUCUUCAUAGCUACAGAUCUAUCUCAUGCCGACACAAGAAACAACAUUCCUGUUGCAAACGGUCCAUCAUUACUAUCAACAAACGAUGUGUUUAAUCCUUUCGGAAAAAUUACUGUAGAAAUAAUCAACGAUAUUGGUGGUACAGUAUCAUUGCCUUUUCAUUGUAAAUCGAAGAACGAUGAUUUUGGUGACCGUAGUUUGCAACCUGGCGGGUCAUGGUCUUUUAGUUUUAAGCGUCAGUUCUUCGGAAGGACAUUGUUUUUCUGUUCUUUUGCGUUUCCCAAUGGAAUCUAUUAUUUCGACAUAUUUAGAGACCACCGAGAUACUGCUGGCGAUGACUGGUGCCAAAAUUGCGUGUGGAAGAUAAGACCAACCGGACCUUGUAGGUUUAACGGUGGAACUAAGCAGUUCGAUAUUUGUUUUCCAUGGAAUAAAAAUAAGUCAUUGUAUUGACAAAUACAUAGCCAAUAUGGUUGUAAUGUGUUUGUCUUUUCUAUGGCUCACGAGCUUCAAACAUUACUUCAAAUAAAAAUUCCAUAAUUUAUUU